AAUAUUGAAUAUUUUUAUUUAUAAUUUCGCGCACCUGUUAUUCACUGCGAGUCUGUUCAAGCGACAAACAUGGCAACAAUGGCAACAACCCACAGUUUGUCGGUUCUUACAAAUUCCAGCGUAAAACCUCCACUUAAUCCAAAGACUGGACUUUCAGCUUCCUUGCACGAGCGUCCAAAACCCUCGCUUGGACGUUACUCGGGGAUAUUUUACGACGACUAUGAUGAUGAAGGCCGUUAUGAUAAAGAAAUAUUUGAUCCAAAUUCUACGUCUAAAUUCCACAAAACACAAGAGCCCGAGUCUCUAUUGCAGCUAAGUAAACUUUCAGAUGAUGAAUUUUACCAAAAGUUAUUGGAACUCAAAAAUGAGCAGCGCAAAAUCCUUCAAAAAUGCGAGAAAGUGUACAUAGAAAAGCACAAUGGAGUCAUUAAACCAACAUUUCCUGACCCCGAUUCGGGUGAAGAGAAAGAGACAUGUGUGGAGAAGUUAGUUGAACGGCAACCAACCUCCCGUUCAUAUGAACAAACAUUCAGAUCAGAAACAUUUGUUGAUGAAGAUGGGGUCCUAGUAUCUACCAGGAGAGCAGACGCCACUGAGAGAUCAAGACGCUCGCCCUCACCUCCAAGACGUUCUUUCAGUCCAUCUGAAUCACAAAUAUUGAAAGAAGAAAAGUAUUUAGAGACUGCUAAGCCCCCUACAGGUCGUGCCUCAAUGGGACUUACUUCAAAGUCAAUGUUUUCACCACCUACUAGACCACGUUCAGCACCCAUUCCAAGAGAUAUUGCAAAAUCUUUGGAUGAUCUUAGAAAAUCUGUUGAUGGGUUAAGAAAGUCUUUUGAGGCAAGUGAUGAUGAAUACAUCCCCGAUGAUACAGUAUCGGAGCCUUUCAAGGAACGCGAUAGGUCCUUUUCAAGAAUUGAUGACAUGUGGAGAAAUUUUUCUAUUGACGAUUAUGCACCAAGACGCAGUUUAGAGCGACCAUCCUCAGCAACCAUUACUAGAAAAGAAAAGAAAGCAAAGCAGGAAACUUGGCGACAUAGACUCACUAUUCCAAAACCAUUUACAAUGACCAUGAGGGAAGAGAGUAAAGAUAGAAAAAAAUCUAAAAAUUUGAUUGAAUUUGAGCGACAAAUGCAGGAAAAGCAGAUGAAGGAAGAGGAAGAGUUACGGAAAAAGUUCAAAGCCACCCCAGUCCCUGCACAUGUUUAUUUGCCAUUGUAUGAUGAAUUACAAGAGAAAUCUGAAGAAAAGAGAAGGCAGGUUAAACAACAGAGCCUUGAACUGUUGAAGUCACAAGAAAAACCCUUCAGUUUCAUAAAAAGGGAGGAAGACAGGAAGCAACACCAGACACUGGACAGGGGCUGCAAUGAAAAAGUGGCACCAGAAACACCGAAACCCAGCUUCAAGGCAAGACCCGUUCCAAAAAAAGUAUUUGACUCGACUGUUGAUGACAAAUUGAUGGAAGAAGAAGAGUACAGGAAAAUUCGUAUCAAAAUGCGCGCAGAACAGCUUCUACAUACUGCAUCAUUGCCACCGAACAUGAGUGCUAGAGAAAGACUCAAAGAACAAAAAAUGCGUGAGCAAAAAAUGAAAAACAAAAAAAAGAGUGCUAAGAAUGCAGCACGGCCUAAAAUCAAUCAUGAGGUGCCAAAUUAUGAUGCUUUGUACAGACAUUUUCAAGCUGAGUUAAGGCGCCGUAAAGAAAUGAAAGAGGCUACUGUUUCUCAGCCGUUUCAACUUGAAACUGAGCGUACAAGUAAAUCAACCAGGCAAAAGAUUAAAGAACAACUUGAAAAGGAGGAAAGGGAACAAGAAAGAAGAUGGCCUUUUAAAAAAGAUGAGAAACAAAGAAUGAAAUUGGGACAUAUAUCUUCCUCCUUGGAUGCUUUACCAUCAAAAUCAACAAGGUCUGCCGACUUCAGAUCUACAAAAACCAAGAGCCAGUUGAAGCAGCUGUCAGAGCGUGAGAUGCGUGAGAUUGAGGAGGAGAGACACCGUCGGGUACGUGAGAUGAGACUACGCAGAGAGAUUGCAGAGAAAACCAAAUACUCGGACACACCAAGGAUGAAACCUGAAGACAAGAAGAGAGAACAGAGAGAGGCAGAGAGGGCUAGAAUGGAGCAGUACGAGAGAGAGCUGCAGGAAAUGAAGGAACGAAUCAACAAGAGACCUUUACUAUUUGAACAGGAGUCUCAGAUUAACGCCAAGAAGAAAGCUGAGAAGAAGUUCAACGCCACUCUGCGCAGCGUCGGUCUGGACGAAGAGUUCAUAGAGAGUAGAGGCUCGCACUCUGCCAGCGUCAACGACUACCAGGAUGACUUUGACAAUGACGACGAUGUGGAGGACACUGGAGUGAGUCGACACAGAGAUGAGACCUACACAAAACAUGAAGACUCUGAUAGAUCCAUGUCACCUCAGGAAGCAUAGACCUUUCCAAUCUUUCUGUUUAAGUUAUGUUCUGGGAAAACUGGGCUUAAAGCAUGUGCUUAAAGUGUCAUCCCAGAUUAGCCUGUUCAGUCCACACAGGCUUAGCUGUGAUGACACUUUUUGCUUAACUUGAUUAUUGUUUAGGAGAGACUUCCAAUAAACACAAAAUCCAGAAAAGCAUUAAGCCUUUUUUUCCCAAUUUAUGGAGCCAACUCUAUGAUUCUUUGUUCAUGUUCCAUUUCGACAACCAAGACCAAUAUUGUUACAAUUAUAUCAUUGACGAUAUUUUUAACUAAACAUUUUGAUCUUUAUUUGUGUUAGGCAUAUAAAAAAUUAUGGUACUUAGAAACAGGUCUAGUUCUGUAUUGGUCAUAAGGCUGUGCUACAUGUAUCAGGGAAUAGGGAGAUUACCUAAAUGUUUCUUUGCAAGCCUGGGUAUGCUUGCAUGUUUUGAGUUGCACAACCGAAUCAUGUCUGCGUGCACUUUUUAUCUAUUUUUCAAACUUUUGUAGAAACAGGUUAUACUUACAGUUACUUUGCCUUAAUAAGAAACAUGGUCGUACAAAUAAUUAUUUAAGUGUGAUGCUGUUUUUCACUAAUUAAUUGUAGGUUGUGGAAUUUCUGCUAUAACUAUCAUGUACGAAAAUACUUAUUUAUUAAAAUGCAUAUACAGAGACAAUUUAAAUAUAACGUAUAUACCAGAGUUAGUGGGUUUUUUUAAAUAAAGUUUUAUUUAUGUAGUUGUAUCAUAGUAAGUAUUGAUAUUAGUUUUUGAAAUCUGAUUUGCCAAUAUUGGCCAUGUUAACAUAGUAGUGCCAAGAGUAUGCCAGGGGAUCUUUUCUUUUUAUUAUUGGUUAUUACAAUUUUAUCAUGUAAAAUGUGUAGGAUUCAGCUGUUGAACAUUGUGACAAAGGAGAGAGAAUAUGUGCAUUUGUUUUUCAAAUUAGGUAGUUUUUGAUAUUUUAUGACAUUUGUUUAUAAUGCUAAAUUCUGUGUAUAUGUUUCUUUAACAAUAGCCACGAAAUGACAGCAUCUAUGGCACAGAAAUUAUGUGAUUUUUUUCCCCCAAAAAAUAAUAAGAGCAUUCAAUUUGUAUACGAAAAACGGACUUAAUAAUUUUUUAAGAAACUUUAGAUACAUAGUAUGUAGUUUUGCUUGUUUACCGAAAAUAAAGCUGUAGUUUUGCUUGUUUACAGAAAAUAACCCAAGCUUUGUAAAGCUUAAAGUCCUUGUUAUUCCGUAAGUUUAUUAUUGUUCUUUACAAAGUUAGAUUUAACAGUAUAGAAAUGUUCUAAUCCUUGUUGCAGUAUCACUUUCAAAAAUGCUUUUAUGUGCUUCAGAUUGAAUUAGCAAACUGUAAUUUGUUGUUAGAAGUUGCGUUGACCCAGCUAUUGAUUUUAUAUUUUAAUUUUAUUUCCAGGAAUGUUUUUAGUUUCAGGACCAACGGUUUUAUCUGUGAUACAAAGGGUGUGAUAUUAUUAUUUCUUGUGAAAUUGUUAUGUUAUGUUAAAAUAGGCAUAUAGUAAUAUGCACUUGCAGUUUGUGGAAAAGUCCUAAAUCCCCAAACUCUGAUUAGCUGUUAAUCUGUUGUUCAUAACAUGCCUUAAAUGUUCCUUACUGGCUUCUCAUACAUAAGUGUUUUUAUUCGACAACAUUGGUCAGUAUUUUCCACAGGACCAUGUUACAGUUUCAUUGACAUGGUAUCCGAUCUCUUAGACUCUGCAGAGACUGUCCAAAUGUCUUUUAUUUACAUAUUUAUUUUUCUUCUCUGCAAAAUUUAAGCCACAUGUUAUAUUACCGGUUAUAUGUUUGUUUUCUUUAAUUUGUUUUAUGUGACAAACAUAUUAAAUAUAUAACCCAGAGUAUAAUGCAUUUUUGCAAAAAAGCGAACAAUUUGGUAAUGAAAUUUAUAGUAAUUUUUAAUGUACAGAUGUGCUUGCCAUUCCAUAAUUGCAAUAUAUCGUUUAUAUAUGACCAUUUUUAUUUAAUUGAAUGAUAACUUCAUAAAAGACAUUCACUUCUUAAUUUUAAGUUAUUGGAAAAUGAUAAAGUAAAAAACAUGUUUUAUAACUAUACAAUAAAUUUAUUUUUACUGUGAAAUAGCAGCUAAUAGAUAUAAUUAUGGCAACGACAAAUGUAUUUAUUUAUCAUGUCUUAUUUUAUUCAGAAUUCAGUGGAUUAAAAUAUUUUUCCAAUUUGUGGAAUUAAUAUUUUGACACCUCUUUUAAACAACAUACAAAUUAAAAUAUUGUAAAAUAUUGUUUGGUUCAAGGGCAUUAGAGCUUACUAUAUGCUGCAUUUUGAAAACGAACCGUACAUGUAUGUUUGAUUGACUGUCCCCUGGUAAAUGCAUCAAAUAGAGUGGUAUUGUUUACCUCUGUAAGUAGAGCAAAAUAAUUAAACUGCUAGAAAUCCG